UCAAAGCAGAGACUACUUCAAAUCAAUUGUAAAUUUCUGUAAAGUUUUCAUCAGUUGUGUGGCGCAAAAAUAUAAUCAAGAUGCUGCCAAUGACAAAUAAAGACGGAGAGUUCAAGCCGGAAAUAAAAGCUUGGGGCAAAAUAAAAGGAUGGAUAAGGAACAUCAUAAAAGAUCCAAAUUCAAGAAAUCUAUUAUUCUUUCUUCUAUUGAAUUUAUCGUUUGCUUUUGUGGAAUUAUUCUGGGGGAUAUGGAGUAACAGCCUUGGUUUAAUAUCAGAUUCAUUUCACAUGUUUUUUGAUUGUACUGCGUUACUUGCUGGUCUUGCGGCAUCCGUUGUUUCUAAAUGGAAGGCAAAUGAAAGGUUUUCUUAUGGAUAUGUUCGUGCAGAAGUACUCGCUGGUUUCAUCAAUGCUUUAUUUCUUCUUUUCAUCUCAUUUUUCAUAUUUUCUGAGUCAAUUGAGAGGUUAGUUGAACCCCCCGAAGUGAAGCAUGAAAGAUUAUUACUUGUGUCUGUUCUCGGAUUUUUUGUGAACAUGGUUGGAAUAUUUGUUUUCCAUGGACAUGGACAUCAUGGUCAUUCCCAUGGUGGACAUGAUCAUGGCCAUGGACAUUCACAUGGUGGUCAUAGCCAUGGUGGUCACAAUCAUGGACAUGGGCACGAUCAUGACCAAGGACACGACCACUCCCAUAGUCACGGACAUGAUCAUGACCACUCUCACGCACAUGACCAUUCUCACGACCAUGGACAUGGUCAUGGUGACCAUCACGGCCACUCACAUGGGCAUGUACAUCAUGACCAUUCGCCAGAAGCUUCUCAACAUCAGAUUUUACACAGUGUUUUUCUACAUAUCAUGGCUGACACUCUCGGCAGUGUCGGAGUUAUCGUGUCUGCACUUUUAGUUAAAUAUUUUGAUCUUAUGAUUGCCGAUCCUAUUUGUUCAAUGAUGAUAGCAAUCCUUAUCGCGGUCAGCGUCUUCCCGCUUCUGCAAGAAUCAGUUGGAAUUUUAAUGCAAAGAACACCGUUGUCUCUUGAUCAUCAAUUGCCUGGGUGCUACCAGAAGGUAAUGCAACUCGAAGGUGUAUACAGAAUUAAUGAACCACAUUUUUGGACUCUAUGUAGCGAAGUAUUCGUUGGAACAAUAAAAAUACAGAUUGCUCCAAAUGCAAAUCCAAGAUACAUCAUGAGCCAAGCUCACUCUAUUUUUGCUCAGAUCGGUGUUCGUCAGUUAUAUUGCCAAAUUGAUUUUACCUCUGUUUGACGAAGAUUAUGUGACAUCAUAAAGGUUUUCUACCGAACAAAUUUUUAGAAAUUGUCUGAAUAUUGACUGGUGCCAAGACCUAUUAUUAAAUGAAGCAUGACCAAAUAUAUAUUAUUGGCUGUUUUUUAUUUAUCUGUAUCUAGGAUUCAUUAAAUAUGCUAGAAUUAGGCGAAUUUUAUUUUUUGAAUUUUUUAGGGGUCCCUAACCGGGGUAAAUUAGAACAGCAUUGGGGGGUAAAUUUUGCGAAGAAGAACGUACAUGGCUUGGGAUUCAGUGGGUUCCAAUUCCAACACAAUCUGCGAAUUCAGUCUUGUUUUUUGUUUCAGAUGUUAGAAAACCGCAGCAAAUUGUAACAUGUACUGCAGCUGCAACUAAUGACUUUAUGUAUGCCGUGUAUAUACCUAUUUGGCAUUUUAAAAGUUAUGUAUUAGAUUUAUGUAUAACGCGGCAUGUCACUGUAGCUUACGUAACGGCGUACAUUUUCUGAAAUGAGGGAACUUGUUCUUGCACCAUUGUUGAGGCUCAUUUGUCAUUUCCAUGGCUCAUUUCCAUGAAAAGUUUCGAUACCAUUUUGAGGAAGUAAAUUUUACUCUGGGAAUUUUCCAAGAGGUAAACAAAGGUUGAAAGCCCCUAAAUCGGACAACUUUUUCAGACAAGCCAUUUGAAUAUCGAUAUAUAGCAUCCCUAUUUCCACUUUGCCUAUCCUGUCAUGUUAAUGGCCAAUGUUGAUGUUUAUUCAUUCAAUG